UCUAGUCUGCCGUAAAUGAGUGUUGAAAGACUGAAAGUAAAACAAUUCUGCAAACGGCAGAGACGUCGCGACAGCGAGCCUUUUGGGUUCUUCUCUCUGCAGUCUGAGACAUAACAGGAAAAAACUCGGGCUGUAGUUGGUGUUUCAUUCAUUACAAUGUACUUGUGUGCAAAUUAUAUUGCGACCUGAUAAGAAUUUCUGCUCGGCUCUGUCUGAACUGGCAGUUUAGCGAGUUUAGCUAACUAGCUGCUUAGCAUAACAUGCAAAAGCUUGGCUGCUAUCGCUGCUACAGUAAAGUAAACCUCUGAGGGCUGAAGAGGUUUUUAAAACGUCGUUAGCAUUGCUCUUAGUGUAUUAGUACAAUAUUAUUUCUUCAUUGUUUAAGUUAAGCUUGAGGCUAUAGAGCUAACUAGCAAGCUAACUAAGCUACUUUGACUGCAGGUCGCUCGAGUUGCAAAUACUAGCAGUUGCACUAGCAACAGUUUGAUGAAUUGCUGCAGAAAACAUAUAUAGAGACACACUAUAACUAAUCGGCCAUGAAAGAAUGUACGCUUUACAGAAUGAGAAAAGACUGAAACUGGAAGCUGACUGUCACUCUGAGAAUUUCUCUGCCAGAAGUGUGGAAGAAACCACUGGAACACACCGAGGUAGUUCACCCACCAAUGUGCUGACACCAAAUAUGGAUGAAACUGGGAUGGAAGUAAACAGCAAUAUCACUGGUAACGUGAAGGUUGAAGACAUAAGAAGCGAUCGCCAUAAAACAUUUGAGUGCAACAAGAAGGAUGCAUGUCAGUUGAAAGACAACGACAAGCGUUUUGAUGUGUCCCUAAGACAAAAAGAUCCAGGUGACCAAAAAGUAGAAGAAACUCCAGGAAGCACUAACUCCAACCCAGAGGCGACGUAUGGACAGAAUUCACCAAAUAGCAGUGUCAGUGAUAAUGCUGUCAUCAAGACGAAGCCCGCCACUGAAGACGAGGCUCUUGUAUCUAACUCAACGGAUGCUAAUCUUGGCAAGGUAGCAAGCAUAUCUACGGAAAAGGCAAAGAUGGAUCUCAGUUUAUCUCAGAGCACAAGUGCUGAUGUAGAGAUGCUGAGCCCAGAGAGCCCAACCUGCAAAUCCUUGCUAUGUAACAGCUCAGAGGAAAGGCACAAUCCCUGCACAAAGUCUCAGGCACCUUGUGCUCAAUCCUCAUCUCCUGUAGAGUCCACUAACAUCACUGACCCUGGAGUUGGACCUGGAUCUAUAAGUGAUCCUGACGUGACAGCCAUGGAAACGGAUAAUUCCGACAUGCCCGUCUCUGGUGGAAAUUCGUUGCUGGCAAAUGAAGACUCCAGUGGCAACCAGUCACAAGCAAGUGACCCAGUGCUGGGGACUUUGCCACAUGUGGACAGGAAGUGGUUGGGAACUGCUAUAGAGGAGCUGAGGAGGAUGCCAAUGUGUGCUCAGGCCCUACCCCCGCUCAGGGCAACAGACAACCACAAAGUGCUCAUCAGGACUGACCUGCUCAAAGAAGGCGAGGUCCCUGUUCCGUACCCGAGCAAAUUCCGAGAUGCCUGGGAUGAUAUGACUGUUAAGAUGCCCUGCUCAGAAAAGAACCUGUUUCCUAUGGAGAACGAGGAUGGAGUGCAGAGUCGGUGGGAGCUCAUUAUUUCUGCCUUGGAAACUGAAUGCAAAAGUUCACUGGAUAUUCGGGAAGCAAUAUUGACGUACAAUGCAGCACACGCAAAGAGAUGGGACUUCACAGCUCUAAAUGUUCUCUGCACUGAUGGCCUGGAGCACUCAGAAGCACAGUAUCUGUUUAACGUUAUGCUGCCAAAGAUGGUAAUAUUGGCCCUGAGCGCUCCCAAAAUUUGUACCCAGCCAAUCCCCUUGCUUAAGCAGAACAUGAAUCAGUCCUUGACUCUGUCCCAGGAACAAAUUGCCUGUCUGCUAGCCAACGCCUUCUUCUGUACGUUCCCCAGGCGCAACUCGCGCAAGUCUGAGUACUACAACUACCCUGAGAUUAAUUUCUACAGAUUGUUUGAGGGAUCCGCUCAUCAGAAGAUUGAAAAACUCAAAACUCUUCUUUGCUAUUUCAGAAGAGUCACCACUGAAAAGCCCACUGGUCUCGUGACAUUUACAAGACAAAGUCUGAGCAGUUUUCCUAAAUGGGAAAGCUUGUCUACCCGGCUCACACGACUUCAUAUCACCUGUGAGGGGACCAUUGAGGAUCAGGGAUACGGCAUGCUACAGGUGGACUUUGCUAACAGGAUGGUAGGAGGAGGGGUAACAGGACUAGGGUUGGUCCAGGAGGAGAUUCGCUUUCUCAUCAACCCAGAACUUAUUGUCUCACGUCUCUUUACUGAGGCUUUGGACCACAAUGAGUGCCUUAUCAUCACAGGCACUGAGCAGUACAGUAAGUACUCUGGCUAUGCAGAAAGCUACUCAUGGAAGGCCAACCACAAAGAUGAGACACCAAGGGAUGAGUGGCAGAGAAGGUGUACAGAGAUUGUGGCAGUGGAUGCGCUGAAGUACAGAUACUACAUGGAGCAAUUCCACCCUGACAAAAUCACAAGGGAGCUCAACAAGGCGUACUGUGGGUUUGUGCGGCACGGUGUCAACACCCAGAACCUCUCAGCCAUUGCCACAGGAAACUGGGGAUGUGGUGCAUUCGGGGGAGACACCCGACUCAAAGCCUUGCUGCAGCUAAUGGCAGCGGCAGAGGCUGGCAGAGAUGUGGCCUAUUUCACAUUCGGUGAUUCGGCGCUCAUGAGGGACGUUCAUGAUAUGCACGCGUUUCUGACAGACAAACAUGUCACAGUGGGCAAACUGUAUGGUCUCCUGAAGCUGUAUUUUAAUACGGUGGUGAAGAACAGUCACAGUCAGAGGCCUGAUGUCAGUCUUUACGGCUUCAUCUAUGAUCAUAUCAGCUCAGAUCCUCCUCCUGAGCCCACUGCAGCCUCCUCUCCUCGUCCAGAUGGACAUUAAUGCUGGCCUGUCAUGAACUGACAUGCAUCCUUAGUGCUUCCUUCUUCUUUAGGAAAAGAUCUUUUAGGUGAUUUUCUGAGAUGUGAUGGACGUCUGUAUACUUUUAUUGAGCUCGGGAAAUGCCUCAAGUCACAAUACAUUAAAUAUGUGACUUGAGAGUAGAGCAGCAGUACUCCUGGUUGCUGGUACUUGUGUUUCCCCAUUUACCAGAGAGACAUUUGUAACCAGAUCAACUGCAUGGUGUUGAAUUAUUCACUUGAAAAUUAAGUGACAACGGCAUAUUAAUCUUUACUGGUUGACUAUUAGUAGGGCACUUACACAGAUUCAAUACAGUAUGAUAGAACCAUAUAUAACAUUGUAUGCAUGAAAACUCUUUAAAAUACCCUGAGAUGUUCGCUAUCACACUUGAUUAUGAAAAAGGAUACAGUCAGAGUCAUCUUUUUUGUUGGGUUCAGAAAGGUAUUGUUAUAAUUGAGUUUUCAGUAUAUGUUAACUUUUACACAUUAAAGGAAAUUCUGUAACUGUUCAGCAAAAGAAUUUGUACUUUCAGUCUAAAGGUAGUGUUGCUAUAUUGAAUUGAUCAGCUUGGCAUGUACUUUUUAACAAUUUAUUAAGAUUUCUAUGCGCAAGUGUAAUUUUUUUUUUUCUUUUCUUGAUUCACAACUACUAUUUAAAGGUAGUGAUUUUUUUUCUGUUGUAUUCUAUUUUAAUAUUGCUGAUUAAAUGGGUUAAACUGAACACCUUAA